GCACUUAAUCUUUAUGCUGAUCAAUUAAUAAAAAAGGCAAAUAAUCAAUGUCCUCUCGAUGGAAAAAAAUUGGAACAGGCAAUAGAUCACGCUUUUAGUAAAAAUACUCUCAUUAUGAAUGGAGGAACUCCAUGUCCACCUGGUUCUAAUUCUUGUUCUAUUUGCAACAGAGAAAAAAACACUUUUAACAGUUGCCAAAUUGGCAGUGGCAGCAACGCUGCCUAUGUAAAAAGCAAAAUGACCGACCUCCUCAACAGCGAAGACAAAUCCCAAACCAACACCACCCCUAACAUGACCAAAACACUAGACAAAAUAAAUAAAAUAGAAACUUUCUGUACUCAAGUCCAAUGUGCAAUCAAACAAGAACUUAGAAGGCAAAAUAAACUGAAAAAUGGAAUACCAUCUUGGGAUGCCCUGCACGAAGACAUCAAUAAAGAAUUAAAAGAACUUUUAAAAUAUAUGACGAAGGGACAGAGUCAACCUAAUCUUUUAACAUACUGCAAUGACGACGCUAAUUGGAGUAAACUUGGCCAUAAACAAAGCAAAACAAAUAAAGCAGCCUGUUUACUUUUUGCUUCAGGAUUGCAGCAUAUAUAUAAAAAUAAGACGAAGGACCCUGUUAAUGGCCCAUCGUUCGGACAAACGAUGGGUUGUUUAUUUCUUAAAGAAUAUGCAAAACAAUUGCAAAACGUGGCAAAUGAGAAGAAGCAAGGACAUAGUUGGGUACAUCCUCUCUGUAGCAUAAAGGAGGGCAUAAACUACGCUUUCAAACAAAGUGAAAGCAUUAUGAAUGAAAUAUUUCCAUGCGACAAGAAUAGUAAUUCUUGUUUUGUAUGCACACAAGAGGAAGGUUAUAAUAAUUGCCAAAUUGGCGAUGACAAUAUAGGAAAUAAAGCUAAAGAUCUGUUCACAGAACCGACGAAACAAAACCAAAUGGAAAAAACAUUAGAGAAUACAGUCUGUCCCAUCCUUCUUACGGAUCUCCUUACCCCUUUUGUUCCUUUGGCUCCUGUCUCCAUUGGCCUUUCUGCUAUGGCUUAUUACCUUUGGAAGUAUUUUGGUCCUCUUGGUAAAGGAGGACAACGUUUCCGAAGAUCUCCUACUGAAAUUCCUGGUCCAUCCGUACAAGAACAAGUCCUCGAUCAUGUGCAGCAAGAUAGUUCACAUGAAUAUCAAUUGGUGAAGGAACGAAAACCUCGUUCUGCUCCAACGAGAACGAAACGUUCUGGUCCCGUGAAUCGUCGAACGAUUAUUGAAAUUCAUUUUGAAGUGUUGGAUGAAUGUCAAAAAGGGGACACACAAUUGAACCAGAAGGAUUUUCUGGAACUUUUGGUUCAAGAAUUCAUGGGAUCCGAAUUUAUGGAAGAAGAAGAACAGGUUCCUAUGGAAGACGUUCUUAUGGAACGUGUUCCUAUUGAAGACGUUCCAAGUUUAGGUUCCGGGCUUAUGGUUUAG